AUGGCACCCUUACCAGUCCUCGACAACGAAUCUUUGGGAAGACAAUUCGACAGCACCGCCAUUGGGAACAAUCUCCAGCAUGCCACCGCUCUCAUAUCUUCUUCAAUGCGCUUUGGCAUCUUGAUUCUCGCUGGCCUCACAACCACUGCUGCGGCUGUAUACUAUCUGCAUCGAUUGCGAAACGGCCCUGGAAGCCUGGUCUGUCCAGCAACUCCGUUGAUGGUGUACGACUCCACGAUAUCCAUUGACUUCGAAGAGACCGCGGACGACGAUGACUGCACGUUCGGAUCAGAUGGAAGGAGAUCCUUCGAGACCAUCAUAUCGAUGACGACUCCCACGAAACUCACCUUCGACAUAGGCGGUAUCAUGCCGUUCCUAUCACGACGUGCUGGCGGCAUCCUCGAUCGAAGAGGCCAGGCCACGCUCAAGUGCGACACAACCGCCUAUUACGAGACAGAUGUCCUUCUGAUGGCAACGAGGCAAGCACACUCGCCCAUCGACAGGAAAGCGUGCCGCGCGCAAGUGGACUUUGUCGAGGAUGUCGGGAGUCCAUUGACACCGUUCUGGGCUCGACAGGCUGCUGCGCUGAGUCCACGCGGUCGCUCCAUGUUCGGGUUUGGCGCUGAGAAGAAUGCACUGAGGAGUCCGACGUGGUCACGGAGAGCCGUGGUACGGUUGACGCCCAAGUCCUCGUGGGAUGGGAGACCCUGUCAGACGCCGUGA